AUGCUAUGGACCGUCUAUUUCUUGGCAGUUACGGCAUUCGUAGGUAAGGCUUUUGAAGGACAUUUUAAGAAAGAGUUUUGAUUUUAGAAAAAUCCAACACAGAAGAUCUGGUGAGUCAACUGUUCAAUCAGUCCUACGACCCGGAUAUGAUGCCAUCUGGAGGUCUGACCACUGUCACCAUCACUCCGAACACUUUCAUUCUUUUGUCGAUGGAUCAAACGCAAGAGACGAUUAAGUAUUCCGAGGAAUUCUUAUUUGUACUGUGACAUAGAUCCUUCCUCUGUAGAAAAGUAUAAUUUAGAAGUGGUUUGACCCUUUGUUAAAUUGGAAUAGAUCAGCAGUCGCAUACGAGCGGGAGUGGGUCAAGAUUCCCGCUUCGAAAGUUUGGCUGCCUGAUGUGAUAUUCACAAAUGGGUUUGUUUCCAGAAGAUCAUAUACAAUUUCCGGGAAACUUGCAGAAUCGAAAUGGAUACCUUACUGGACCGAGAUAUGCAGAUGGCAGACCUCCGCUACAAUGGAGAGAUCAGAACGAGCCUUCCGGCCGUCGUCAGUUCCCCGUGCCCGCUCAAAAUUGAAAACUUCCCUUACGAUGUGCAAAUGUGCAAUAUAACGAUCGGACCAUGGAGUUUUGAUAGAAAUAUACUUGCUGUAAACUCUUCAACAGAGAUCAUCUACCCUGAAAAGGGCCGAUUCGAAGGGAACAGCGAGUGGGAACUGAUAUCCAUUGUCACAUUGCGAUCGGAUAACUAUGACAGUAUUCUGGUGAGCUCGAAAAGUUUUCAGAAUUAUAUCAAUUUUGAAAUUGAAGGAUAACUGGUUCUCUGAACUGACCUACAUAGUGACAUUGAAACGGAAGCCUGUCUACUACGUUCUUGUGAUCCAAGCGCCCACUUUCAUCCUGUGCACACUCACUAUAUUCGGUCUUUUCACUCCGAAUAGUAACGAAGAUGAGCGACUUUCUAAGGUUUCAGAUUUAAAUUACAUAAUGUCAGUAAUAUAUUUCAGGUUGAAUUGUGUCUGAAUAUGUUCGCAGCGAUCUCAAUGAUGCUUCAGUUGGUGUCCGAUAUGAUGCCAAAAGCCUCCCGUCUCCCCCUUCUAGGUGUUUUUUCCGUCCAUUUCCGUAAUAUUCAAAACCCUCUUUUCUCCAGGCAAUUACAUAAUCGCCGAAGUGUUCGUCGUCACCGCGGCAACCAUUGCCUCCAUUCUCAUCCAACAAGUGCACCACCAAGUGCACACGACGGCAAUGCCCCCUCCCAACUGGUGAACGACCUCCCACUCUUUUCCUUUGAGCUUCUUCCAUUCAGGCUGCGGUGUCUGGUGCUUUGUGACUGCAAAAGGCGCGGUUCCAUGUCAGAGGCGAGCUCAGACAGUAGUGUCGAGGUGUCGGACAGCGCCAUUCAGCCAUUCAAUAUCUUGAAAAUUUCUCUGCAGCAAGUAACUGACCACAUUAUUGUCGGCGUUUAAUUCGGCUCGUUCAGACCGCAGUCUUGGUUCGUGACGCCAUCCAACGAAUGACAUUUGUCAGCGAGAACCAAUUGCUGUGGCUCAAAAUACUCGACAAGACUGAUUUGUUGUGUUUGUUUAUCUUCCAAGCGGCCAAUGUGGUUGUCACUGCUGUUUACUGGAGAUAA